AUGUUCCAGCGUUCCAGCGUUCCAGCGUUCAAGUUCCCUCAUCUCUGGUUCACUCUCCUUGGUCUACCGGAUCAAGAAUGCCAGACGAACGGGUGGAAGACCGACGCUCGUAACAGCAAGGGAUCUUGGCACCAUGCUUGCACCGGCACUCAGAUAGAAGAUGGUCGGGCAAUUGAAAAUGUGCAAGUGUCCACUCCGCCCUGGUUCCUGCCUGGUGAUCCAGGCACCAGCUCGUAUCUCCAACUUGGCAACUGCAACUCCAACAUCACCAUCAACGUCCACAACGUCCACAACAUUCGCCGCUUCUACCUCGACGGGGAAUGCGGCUGA